AUGCCGAUUUACAGCAUCAGAGGAAUCGAUGUCGAUUUCCCAUUCGAGGCCUACCCUUCUCAGAUCACUUACAUGGACAGAGUCAUCGAGUCUCUUCAAAACAAAUGUCACGCGCUUUUGGAGAGUCCUACUGGAACAGGGAAAACACUGUGUCUUCUGUGUGCCACCUUAGCCUGGAGAAAGAGUCUGGGCAGUUUCUCAACCCGUAAGGAUCGGAAGAACAGUAAGUUUCCUUCGACAGAUUUAGAGGAGCAAAUGUCGCAAUCUGGAGGCGGAGGAGGAGGAAGUGGUUUCCCUACCAUAGUUUAUGCGUCCCGGACUCAUAGUCAGCUCCGCCAAGUUAUCAAAGAACUAAAAAGAUGUAGCUACAGGCCUAAGAUGGUCGUGUUAGGAUCACGUGAGCAAUUAUGCGUUAAUCAGGAGGUGAAUUCACUCCGAGGAAAGGCACUUACAAACGCUUGCCAGUUCCUUUGCAAAAAGCGUGGAAAACGCCAAUGUAACCAUUUCAAUGGGGUCCCAGAUUUUUUGAAGCAAAACCCUCAUAUUGGUGACGAACCAGUUGACAUAGAGGAUUUGGUCAAUAUUGGAAAAGAUUCUGGACCAUGCCCAUAUUAUAUCACAAGAGAGCUUCACAAGGAUGUGGACAUCUUAUUUGCACCUUACAACUACUUGAUCAGCAAUGCGUAUAGAAAGUUUUUGAAUAUCAGCUGGAAUGAUGGCGUCCUCAUUUUUGACGAAGCUCACAAUCUAGAAAGUUUAUGCGCAGACUCAGCUUCAUUUGACCUUCCUUCUGUGCUAUUAUCGGCUUGCAUUUCUGAGGCACAAGAAUGUGUACAACUUGCAGCAGCAAGAAGGGGUUCAUUAAAUGACGAAUCCAUGAACCCUGAGAAUUUUGCUAUACUUAAAGGACUUCUUCUUAAGCUGCAGGAACUGAUUUCUAAAGUGCCAAUUCCUAAAAGGGAUGAGGGAUUUACCAAGCCUGGGCCUUACAUAUAUGAAAUGCUUAAAAGCCUUAACAUCACUCACGAAACUGCUCCUAAACUCAUCGGUACCGUCGAGGAGGCUGCAGUGCUGCUGGCUGAGGAGAAACAACGAACAGCAACCAACGUUGGAAGCAAACUAGAAAUCAUUGUUGACAUGCUUAAACUGAUCUUCAGAGAAAAUGGAAGUAACCAUGCAGAUGUUUAUCGUGUUCAUAUACAGGAGAUCGAGCAAAGUUCUAAUGAUGUCAUGAAAGGCAAGGUAUCAAGAACGCUUAGCUGGUGGUGUUUCAAUCCUGGGAUUACCAUGCAGGACAUAUCAAAAAAAGGUGUUGGGUCUAUCAUUUUAACAUCGGGGACCUUGUCUCCCAUGGAUUCUUUGGCUCAAGAACUAAAACUAGACUUUCCUAUUCGGUUAGAGAAUCCCCAUGUUAUAUCUUCAAAUCAGCUAUGGGCUGGAGUUGUUAGUACUGGUCCAUCAGGGUGUGUUCUUAACUCUAGUUACCGCAAUCGUGAUGUACCGGAGUACAAACAAGAACUUGGAAAUGCUAUUGUUAACUUUUCUCGAGUUGUGCCUGAUGGACUUCUGAUAUUUUUUCCUUCCUAUUACCUUAUGGAUCGUUGCAUUGCAUUUUGGAAAGAUGGGGGUCACAGAAACUCGAUGACAAUAUGGGAAAGAAUCUGUAAACUGAAGAAACCUGUCAUUGAACCUAAAGACUCUUCCCUCUUCCCAGCAGCAAUGCAGGACUUUUCAGAAAAAUUGCAAGACAGAUCAAUUUCGGGUGCGGUAUUUUUUGCCGUUUGUCGUGGAAAGGUCAGUGAAGGACUGGAUUUUGCUGAUGGCGCUGGCAGAGCUGUCGUCAUUACUGGGUUACCUUAUGCCAGAGUGACUGAUCCUAGGAUUAAACUGAAACGAGAGUUUCUGGAUGAGCAAUCACGACAUGCAGAUGCCAAGUUUCCAAGAACAAGCUUUCUAUCUGGAAGCAUGUGGUACAGUCAAGAAGCAGCACGUGCUGUGAAUCAGGCAAUUGGACGUGUAAUUCGCCAUCGCCAUGAUUAUGGAGCUAUCAUCUUCUGCGAUGACAGAUUUGAACAGCCGUCCCAGCAGUCCCAGAUAUCACUUUGGAUACGACCGUAUGUCAAGUGCUACCCUAGAUAUGGAGAAGUCAUCUCCGACCUUGCUCGAUUUUUCCGGACAGAACGAUCAAGUAUUCCUGCAAGGCUUGUAACAGAGCAAGAGAACAAUAUAGUUCCAACAAUGCUACCAGAGGAGUCAUUCAAUGAUGUUCCUACACCAGCCUCUGGUAAUAGUAAUGUGAAGAACGUUGGGGGUGCACGAAGUGAUUUGAGUAGAUUGGAAGCCUUUCCUCCUGCAAAUCGGGCUUCAUCGGAAAUAAGAUGGAAAGGCCUGAGGAUUGUCCAACGUAAGGGGAAGAUGCCUGUCCUUAGAAAGGGAGACGCGAUGCAGGCUUGUUCUUCUGUGAAGGCUAAAUUAGUGGACCUAAGUGACGACGACGUCGACGAGAGUCCGGUAGAGAGGAGAUGUGAAGUAGUUGAUCUAGAAAGCGACAAAUGUGAGAAGCAGAGUAGCUGUUUCAACACAAUGGGACUAGUAAAAAAGCGAAAGGUUCCAGAGAGUGAGGGAAGUGCGUCGUCCACAGUGUCGAAAGAGAAAGGGAAUGGAGGCGGUGAUAACAAGGAAGCAAAUGCAUCUGCAUUUUUGAGUCAAGUAAAAGCAAAGCUCAACACCGAAGAAUAUAAGAAGUUCAUAGGAUACGUGCAAGCAUUGAAGAAGAAGGAGCUUAAAUUAGCGGACGUGAUGCAAUCCAUUGUGCAACUCUUGUGUGGAAGAGACAGAGAUGAUCAUCUUCUCAUGGGAUUCAGGGACUUUGUGCCAGUCAAGUAUCGUCCUGCAUAUGAGGAAUGCAUCAGAACGAGGAAAAGAAGAGAAGCCUGA